AUCGAUUGGAGACCAUUGGUUUCAGUUCCAGUUGUACAUUUGAACGCAUAGGCAGUUUGGGAGCAGUAUCAUGGCGUCGGAAAAGGCUAAUCCACCUCCGCCCGCUUACGAUCAGGUUGACCACACAGUCUCAUCCGCAUAUCCGCACCCACAAACCUCAACAACGGUGAUUGUCACCGGUCCCAGCGUCGGUCCGGAUCCGACCACAAUUGUGUGCCCCUCCUGUCGGGCAACCGUCGUCACCAGGCUGGAUUACGAAACCACGACCCGGACACAUCUUUGCGCGGCACUCCUGUGUCUGUUCAUCUGCUGGCCCUGCGUCUGUGUGCCCUAUCUGACGACAACCUGCCGCGAUGCCAACCACUACUGUCCGAACUGCAGCGCCUUCAUCGGCACAUACCGAAAGUAAAAGCUCACAGGGAGCUUUCAACGCUCUCCACGAAAGCGUUACCGUUGUUCACGCUGUUAUCGUUGGCAUAACGUAUCACAGCGGGUCGAUGCGUUAUGUGCGGUGGUAAUUUUAUUACAUUACUUUCCAAGUGUGAAUUAGAUCGCAGUUGACCACCAUUCGAAAAGUUGUUUAUGCUUAGACCGCCUGCUGAUACAACAGCAGCAGCGAGAAACGAUCUCUCAAAUGGAUUGGUUUGGUGUGCGUGUGGGUGAUGGAGGGAGGGGAAGUGUUUCAUCUGGUUGGCGACCGUGAGCAUAAAUUAAUUUCAGCUUAUUUACUGGUAGAGUGCGAAUGUCGUGGAAAAUGAUUUGUUUGCGUGUAGACGGUUUAGGAGAUAGGAUUGUUCCGAGUUAUGAAACCAGGCAGAUUUUUAAGAGAAUUAAUUACACUGUUCGAGUGCAUUAUUGUCAAUAAAAUAAUUAUAUUCCAGAAAGAGAGAUGGAAGAAAAAUUAUGAUAAUUUUGAUUAAAAAAUACAUGGGUAAAACUAAAUAUACAAAUGGGAAUGAAACAAAUAA